GCUUGUAAGCCAAUUUUUAACCUCAUGGAGUUGUUAUUUUACUUAAAUUUAAUUUAUUAUUAUUUUAUUUUAUUAUAUAUAUAUGUAUUAUUUUUGUUGAGUGAUUAAAUUAAUAUAUAAUAAUUUUAAACAUAUUAAAUUUAAUUAUAUUAUUAUUAUUAUUAUUAUUUAAAAUUUGAUAAUUUUAUAUUAAAUAAUAUAUUUAUAAAUUUAUAAAUAAAUAUACUAAUGUAUUUAUAAAAAAGAUGGUUCAUAAAUUAUUUACAAAUUUCUAAUCUAACAUGUUUAAAAUCUCUAGUCGAAGCUAUUAGUAUUCAUCGCUCUUUAAUUCAUUAUGUUCACAAAUUUUAAUGAGUUAAGUUUUAUUGAGCUUAAAUUUGAUUUGUUUAUAAAUCGAGUUUUAAAAUUAGACUCAAACUUGAGUCGUUUAUCUUAAUGAACGAAAUCAAAUUAGUUGUUUGUGAAAGCGUAGUUUAUAUAUAUUAAAUUUUGAAAUUAAUUCUAAAAUUAAGAAUUAACUAAAUAUUUAAGAUUCAAUAGGUUAAGUAAACUGACUACUAAUAAAAUAAAGAAUUAAAAAAAUUAUAUAUAAGACUUAGAUUGCAAUUUCCCGUAGUGAUAUUAGAGCAGCGAGGUUUGGUGUUAGUGUUGACGUCGGCGGCGGGGGAGAGAGUAAGAGGUAUUAAUUUUUUUUUUUCAAAUUUCAUCUAUUUUAAUUUUUUAGAUAAAAAAAUAUUAAAUUAGUUAGUUUCACUAAUUUAAUUGGCUAUAAACCAUCAAUACCAAUAAUUAGUCUUUUAUUUCUUAAAUUAAAUUAGCAUGAUAAUUGAUUAAAAAUACUAUUUAAAUACUUAAAUUUAACACUUUAUAUUAAUAUAAUAUUUAAUAUAAAUUAUUUAUCUUAAAUACUAAAUUUGGGGUCUAAAUAAUAUUUUCAUUUUAGUAAAUAAAGGGGCUAUUCCUAUAAUUUUGUCCUCAUAUUUUUUAUUUUUUUAUAUGUUGAUUCGAAUUUUUUAUUAUUUUAAUUUAUAUUUUUAAAUAAAUUUAACUUUUAUAUUUUGAUUAUUUUUUCAUAUGCAUAACUCAAAGUUUUUACUAUUUUUAUUAUAUCUUUGGACGUAUAUUUUUAAAUUAAUUUAAUUUUUAUAUUUUAACAUAAAUAAAAUAUUUUAUAUAUUUUAUUAUUUUAUUUUAUCCUUAUUUUUUUUACAUAUGAAAAUGUAUGGAUUAAAUUAACUUGAAAAUAUAAAUUUAAGGUGUAAUUAAAAUAAUAAAAAAUUUAAAUUAUUAUAUAAAAAAAAGUUAAAAUAUGACAAUUAAAUUAAUUUUAAAAUAUAAUUAAAAUAAUAAAAAAUGUAAGUGAUAAAAAAGAAAACAUAAAAGAACGAAGCAAAAAUAUGAAUUUGGGCAGUACGGGGAAAGGGCGAGCUGAGUCAAUUAAAGUGAAGGACAACAGAAUGCGAUGAUGGCCCGCGCGGGAUUAGGACUUGAGUCCUACGAUGUAGGGCGGGAAUCCCGAACCACAUGCAAUCCAAGAUUAAGCAAUGGAACUGUUUGGAUGGUGAGAAAAUAGGGCAGAAAGCGGUGGUCCAUAUAGGGUCCUCCACAGAAACCUAAAUGGGAGACAGUGGACUCCCUUAGAACUCCUUUGUCCCCAUCUUUGGGACUGCCCAGAAAUGAAUGUUUCCUCCCACACUUUAAAAACUCUCUCUCUCUCUCUCUCUCUCUCUCUUAUUCUCUUCCACAACACAUGGAAAGCAAGGUUGAACCCAUCAUUGCUUGGUAUGGGUCCUGUCUUGUGAGUCCCCAAACCAGCUCCAGUUUGGUUCCACAUAAGAGCCUUAUAUAUACAUACAUUCCAGCCUUCUUUUGCUUUAGGAAAGUGUUCUUUGAGAGGAGCCUCAUAUAGUUUGACCAUAAAAAGACUAAACAUUACUUCAAUUAUGAACCGUCCGCAUCUCGGGCUUAGUUUCAUUUGAUCAUAAAAAGACUUAGUCUCUUAAGACUAAGAUGGGUAUGAUUAAAUCGAUCCCCAAAUACUCUCAUCCCAAGCAUAUAUGCCCCAAUUGUAAUAUUGAACUCUCUUGACUUCAUCUUAUAACAAAAACCAGAUAAAGGGUUAGUUUUAUUGUUAUUGUUACGACGACAUAGUAUAGUACAAUUAUAUAUUUAAGGUUGAGUUGGCAACGUGAGGCACACAUGAUUUAGACCACCAAGCCCAUUUGGAUGGCCUAACAAUGGGUCCAUGGCAUAUGAUAUCAUUUGCCACCACCUCUCUUUGCGCGAAAAAAUGCCCACUUUCUAAUCCUUUGUCGCGUCACUGGGCCUCAUCACCUCUGCAUAUAUAUGUGGAUGUGUAUCUUCCAUGGCACCUCACAUUCUCCAAGCCUGCAGCUAGCGGACUCCAUGGAAACCCGCCGGGUCAAGACCAGCUCCGGCGACAAUUUCACCUUCCCGAGCACGCCAACCCAAAACCCCGACGACGACCCAGAAUUCGAGUUCGGCUCCGUCACACCCACCUCCCCAAACUCCCCCGCCGAUCAUCUCUUCUUCAAUGGCCGGCUCCUCCCACACGCGUUCCCCCUUCAACCCACAAACGGCGCCGGCGCAUUCUACUCCCGUUCGACUAGCCGGACGAGCAGCGUCGGCAGUAAGGACUCGUUAAUGUCGUCCCGGAGCAACAGCACAAACAGCCGAAGCAGCAGUUGCAGCGCCAGUGCAAGAACGAGCACCAGCACCGACGCUUCCGAGAGGAGAUCGCCGCUGAGCCAAGCUAAAUUGGCGAGCAAAACGCAAAAACAUCAGGCUGCAGUUUUGGUUCAGCAGUACUAUGGGUAUUCCCAGAGGUGGCAGUUCAUCGCUCCGGCGCCGGGUCUGUGUCGACAGGCAUCCCGCCGGAAGAAGGCUGAGGUUUCGGUGAAAGAAGGCAAGGAUCAGCUGGCUGGUGGAGAAUCCGGUGGCUUUUGCUGGAGGUUCUUCCGGUCGUUAGUGUCGGCUUGCAAAGAAUGCCAUGCUAUUGAACCCUCAAAUAUGGAGUUGCAGUGACCUCGGAAGUGCAUGUAUGGGGAUCUUGUUUAAUUUUUGGCAUGAAAUUUAGAGGCGAAACCCAUAAUUUAAGCCAGUAAUUUUAUGUUUUAUUCGCGUGUUCACUUAAAUUUUUCGUUAUUUCAAUUACACUC